AUGCUGACAUUAAAUAUUGAUUGGUUUCAACCUUUUGAUGGCCAAACCCACUCAAGUGGUGCGAUUUACUUGUCCAUUAAUAAUCUCCCGCGAAGUGAACAUCUCAAACCAGAAAACAUCAUUCUUGUUGGCAUGAUGCCAGGACCAAAAGAAGCAAGCGCAGAUAGUAUGAACCACUACUUGGAGUCCCUUGUUGCCAAAUUGAUAGACCUGUAUUCUGGUGUAUCAAUGACAGACUAUAGAAAUACUCAGAUAACUGUUUGUGCUGUCUUGAUGUGUAUUGCUUGCGAUAUUCCUGCUGCCAGAAAAACGUCUGGAUUUACUAGUCAUAUGAGUACAUGCACCUGUCACUGA